UUGUAGCUUUUGCAAAAACAAGAAAACCUGUAAAUUCUAUUAUGGACCCACGAAUCUCUCUCUCGUUUUUCUUUCCUUUUUUUCUUUGGUAAUUCUUACGUUCCCUCCGCAGAUCUCGCAACCAAACACCAAGACAGAGAAGAAAAAAAAAAAAACAGAACAAUAUCUGUUUUUUCUUUCUUUCUGUUUCUUUUCUCCCCUCUGUUUUUCUUCUUGGUAACUCUGUUUUGUUUUAUUUCUCUUUCAUUUUUUUCCCCAGAUUAAAAUGGUGCAACUUUUGUUCUAAUGUGGGAAUGAUUUACCAUUUUUGACCCAGACCUGUUUUGCUUGAUCUGGGUCAAUCUUGGUUUUUUUUUCGAGCUGAACAAAUGGGUUGUAUUACCUCCAAACAUGGCGGUGGUAGACCGGUGACAGAUUCCCCUGUUCCAGUGGUUCGUAAAAACGGCCAUGGUUUUACAUUAUCAUCUUCAUCAUCGAAACAUCAAUCUGGGAGAUUAGAGGUUGAUAAAGAUGAUGAGAAAUUGGAUGAAAAUGGUAAAAUUAUUAACCCAAAGAAAAGCAGAGAUUUGAGGAAAUCUAAAAGGGAUGGUUCAGGGAGAAAGAGCGGUUCUUUUAGCUUAAAGCUUGGCUUUUCUCAAAGGUUUGUGGAGGCUGAACAAGUCGCCGCCGGUUGGCCUGCUUGGCUUAGCUCUGCCGCUGGUGAAGCCGUUCACGGUUGGGUUCCUUUGCAGGCUGAUGCUUUUGAGAAACUCGACAAGAUCGGACAAGGCACGUACAGUAGCGUGUUCAAAGCACGCGAAGUCGAAACCGGAAGGUUGGUUGCUUUGAAGAAGGUGCGGUUCGAUAACUUUCAACCCGAAAGCAUUCGGUUUAUGGCUCGAGAAAUAACGAUCCUACGUAGGCUGAACCAUCCUAAUGUCAUGAAAUUAGAAGGGGUGAUCACAUCAAGGUUUUCAAGUACUAUAUACCUUGUAUUUGAGUACAUGGAACAUGAUCUUGCUGGUUUAUCAUCUUGUCCUGAUAUCAACUUCACUGAGGCUCAGGUGAAAUGCUAUAUGAAGCAGCUAUUAAUGGGGUUAGAGCAUUGCCAUUUGCGAGGUGUAAUGCAUAGAGACAUCAAAGCAUCCAACAUAUUGGUGAACAAUCAAGGAAUUUUGAAGUUAGGGGAUUUCGGAUUAGCAAACAUCUUAACUUCAAAGAACAAAAACCAGUUAACUAGCCGAGUCGUCACUCUCUGGUAUCGCCCACCCGAGCUUUUGAUGGGAUCUACAAGUUAUGAAGUCUCGGUGGAUUUAUGGAGUGUUGGUUGUGUUUUUGCUGAAGUUCUUAUGGGGAAACCUAUUCUUAAAGGCAGAACUGAGGUUGAACAACUGCAUAAAAUCUUCAAACUAUGUGGUUCACCACCAGAUGAGUACUGGAAAAAACUAAAGCUUCCUCAUUCAACCAUGUUUAAACCCCAACAUCCUUACGAAAGUUGUCUCCAACAAAGGUGUAAAGACAUCCCUUCAACUGCAUUGAACUUGUUGGAAAUCCUUCUUUCUGUUGAACCCCAUAAGCGUGGAACUGCAUCUUCAUCUCUCAUGUCCAAGUAUUUCCAUACGAAACCCUUCCCUUGCGACCCUUCAAGCUUGCCCAAGUAUUCGCCUAAUAAAGAAAUCGAUGCCAAACAGCGAGAUGAUUUGCGAAGGAAGAAGUUAGGAGGAGUUCGAGAUCCAGGAGUGACAAGAAAAACAAGAAGACCACGUAAAACAUUGCAGGAAGCUAACAAUUUCAAUAAAACAAUAACGAAGGAGGACCUACGGGAUAAUGCUCGAUUCGGUGGCAAAAACCAGGGAAUUACUGCAAAUAAUCCGAAACCCAAGGAUGGAAUUGUUCAUCUGAAUCAACCGGCGUUCGAUACAAUGUCGGAGACAUCUCAAUUGACAACGAUGUCACAAGGCGAUAUUGUCACCGCUCCGCCACCGGUAAUCACUGGAUCCAACAGCUUUUCAUGGGCGAAGAAACGGAAAGAUGCGAAAUCUACGCUUUCUUAUAACCAACCUAGUUCGAUCAGUCAAAUCAGUGAUCAAGAUUCAUCGAGCUUCAUCUUCUCAAACACGAACAACAUUUUCAAUUCAUCUACACAAGAGAACCAAAAUAUUUCUGAAGGUGUUCAUACUGAUUCUAGGAAGCUCAAAGCCUCAAACGGAUCGGAAAAGCUUGAUUUUUCUGGUUUAAUUGAUCAACAAGCACAAAACAAGUUUGAGAAAUCAGAUUUCUUUGACGCCAUUGAUGGGUUUCGUCAUGAAGAAAUGAUGACUAAACACAAUAACAAGUUGAAAGUUGGGUGUUCGGGACCAUUAGUCUUUGAAUCCAAUCAAGUUGAUGAACUCCUACAAAGGAAUGAAAACCAUAUCCGGUUAGCAGUUCGAAGAACAAGAUUUGAUAAAGAGAAAUGAAGCAAAGGAGUUACCUUUUUCUUUCAUGGGAAAAGCUUUAGGCAUAGAGAGCAAGAAGAGGUUUGAAGUUUGAAGCAAGCAAAGCUUGAAUUUAAUGAUGAUAUUGCCAUUUGACUUAUUUUAUAUGCCAAAAAUUCAAUUGUAUAAAGAAAAAAAGAAAAAAAAAGAAAAAAAGAAAAGAGAUUGUAUAUUCAAUAUUGAGCUAUGAUUUUAUAAAAUUGAAUCCCUUCAAAUGACCAACAAA